AAACUAGAAUCAAAUGUGUGAGCUUUUAAUCUCAUAAAUUCUUCAAUUCCAUGAAUUAUGAACCCUAAUUCAACCAACUGACAGGAGGAUUUAUACAUUUUACUUCUUCUACGUAUUAAGCAUUGGUGUUCGAUCUAUUGCUUCAUGUUUUUCCAGGACUCAGGGAGAUUAAGCCAAAUGGUGCAGUUGGGAAAACUUGAAUCAGAUGUGAGGGGUUAUUCAUUUUAGUUCUUCAAUGUAUUAAGCAUUGAUGUGGAAUCUAUUGUCUUCAUGUUUUGCAGGACUCAUGGAGAUUCAGUCGAAUGGGGCAGUUAGUAAAGCAUAUAUUCCUCUAUAAUUUGAUUCAGCAUCUCAUGUUUACAAUUAUAAUUCAGCCUUUACCACUGAAUAUAACUUCUCAUGAUGUGAUUUGUUUAAAUAAAUGUUUGUGAAUGUACAGAGUUUUACGUUUAUGUUUUAAUUGUUUUAUGGCAACACAGAUUUAUUCCAAUAAAGUUUCAGAUUUUAUUUCCAUUUAUGUUUUGAUUAUCACAGCUAUUUUUUUUCUUUUUAAUUUUUUCUUCAUCUUUGACGUCGUCAUCUCAAGAUGUGAAAUUUAAUUUUUGCAUAUUCAUCUUUCUUAGUAAGAUAUAUGAUAUUUAAAAUUAUUUGGUUAAAUUUUAGAGCUUUGCAGACCCUUGAACAUGAAAUUCUAAAAAAUAACUUGAAGUCAAGCAUUGUUUUUAUUGUAUGUGUUGAUUAAAGAAAGAAACCAGCUUAGGAAUCCAUAAUAUCUUAGUUUUACUAUCUGGGAUCCUAAAUUUUCUUAUUAAAAAGAGAAGAAAAAAUAGAUGUUGAAGUUCUGUUCUGUGAAGGAUUAGAUGACAGGGUGUUGAUAUUUGUGAUGCAAAACAAUGUCUUUAUGAUUGCCAGUAAUGUCCUUGGAUUGAGCUGUCUUCAAAGAAACUUGGCCUAUAAUAAGAGUGCUCCACACUAUAUGUUGUGAUCAGUGUUAGCCUGCCAUCUGACAUCGAAGAAUAAAAAAAGUUUACAGACAAUGGAUUUGGUUUUCAACAACUUAAUUGUCAAAUCCCAAGUGCUUUGUUCAGAAUUGAUACUCUUACUUGUUUCUUGGAAACAAUGGCCUAUCAGGAACCAUUCCUCAGCAAAAGGCUGCAUAUCUUAAAAACAUGAAUCUAGCGGCCAGCAAUUUCAUUUUUGACAGCUCAAACAUCUGUAUUCUCCCCGGAUUGAAUUGUCUGCAGAGAAAUUUCCCCUGCAGUAAGAAUGCUCCGUGUUGCAAUCAACAGAUUCAACACACAUGUUCAAAAUGCUAGAUCACAAGUGAUUGGCACUGCAGCCCCAAAGCUUUAUCAGUCUUCAAGGCAAUUCCCUGAAUCACUUAGAUAUUAUGGAUUUUGUCUGGAAAAUGGACCUUACAAUGUAAGCUUCUCCUUUGUUGAGGCAACCUUCUUGGUGAUCAACGCUCACAAACAUGGAAGAGUCUUGCAAGGCUUGUUUUACUAUCUAUGUUCAGGGAACUCUCCAGUUAAUAAAAAUUUGGCAUAUCAAAAGAAGCAGGUAGAAAAGGAAGUCUCCUUGGGAUGGGGUGUCAAGAAUAAUGUACAAGAACUUGUUGGCACCUUAACCACCAUCAAAGCUGUUCUCUUAGAUGCUGAGGAGAAACAAACCCAAAAUGAGAAGCUGAGAGUUUGGCUGGAAAAGCUUAAGGAGGUUUGCUAUGAUGUUGAAGAUGUUUUGGAUGAAAUUGAGGUGAAAGAUUUGUGUAAGCAAGUGUUGAAUGGUCAAAGCAUUUCAAGAAAGGUAUGCCACUUCUUUUCAUCUUCAAAUCCAAUCAUUUUCUGUUUCAAGUUGGGCCAUAAAAUUGAGGAGAUUAACAAAAGGUUGACAAAAAUAGCUGUUGAAAAGGAUGAUUUUAAUCUCACUGAGAAAACUUAUAGUAAUAAUAUUUUAGGUUGGGAGAGAGAAACCCACUCUUUUGUGCGUGCUUCAGAUGUUAUUGGUAGAGAUAAAGACAAAGACGAGGUUAUGAAAAUUUUAUUAUGUCCAAGCGAUGGUCAUGAAAAUGUUUCUGUUAUUUCCAUUGUUGGAAUUGGAGGUUUAGGAAAAACCACACUUGCUAAAUUGGUGUAUAAUGAUGAAAAAGUAAGCGAUUAUUUUAAGUUGAAAAUGUGGAUUUGUGUGUCGGAUGAAUUUUCUCUAAAAAUGCUUCUGAUUGACAUUAUCAAUUUUGCAAUUGGGCAAAAAUAUAAUCACAUGAGUAUGGACCAAUUGCAAUCAAUCCUACGUGAUAUUAUAAGAGAUAAAAAAUAUUUGUUAGUCUUGGAUGAUGUUUGGAAUGAAAACUAUGAGUUGUGGUUUGAUUUGAGAAAUUUACUAAUGGAGUGUGUUAGUGGAAGUAAGAUCAUAGUAACUACACGUAGUGAUCGUGUUGCCUCAAUUAUGGGAUCUAUAUCUACAUACAAGUUAAAAGGUCUUUCUCUUAAUCAAUGUUUGUCAGUGUUUGUUAAAUAUGCAUUUAAAGAAGGUCAAGAAAAACAACAUCCCAACCUUAUAGAGAUUGGAAAAGAAAUUGUAAAAAAAUGUAAAGGUGUUCCAUUGGCAGUAAGAGCCUUAGGAAGUCUUCUUUAUUCCUCAACUUUUGAACAAGAUUGGAUAAAUGUGAGGGAUACUGAGAUAUGGAAGUUAGAUCAAAAGGAUAAUAGCAUUUUACAUGCUCUAAGAAUAAGUUAUAAUCAUUUAUCGCCUCCUUUGAAACAAUGUUUUGUCUUUUGCGCUAUAUUUCCAAAAGACUUCACAUUUUCUAACACUCACUUGAUUAAGUUUUGGAUGGCCAAUGGGCUUCUCAAAGCCCACAAUGAAAAUGAAGAUUUGGAAACUAUUGGCAUGCAAUAUAUAAAAAAAUUAAUGUGGAGAUCUUUUUUUCAAGAUAUUCAAGAUUUGGAAAAUGGUGUAUAUUCAUUUAAAAUACAUGAUCUAAUGCAUGAUGUUGCCACAUUAUUGUUCCAAAAUGAGGGCUUAAUAGUGAAAAGGAGUAACCAAAUUACUGCCAAAACUUCUUAUAGACAUUUAUUAUUUCAUUUGGAUGCAAGUCAAGUAGAGGCUCUAAGCUUUUUAGCUAACCUGGAUAAUUUAAGAAGCAUUACGUUUUUUACACGUGUUGGAGAGAAUAUCACUGUUAGCCAAUCAUUUUUAGAAUUAAUUGUCUCAAGAUUUCAGUUUUUACGGUUAUUAAAUUUACGUCAUUUAGCUAUUGAAGCAGUGCCUAAAAGAAUUGGUAAUCUGAAGCAUUUGAGAUAUUUGAGUCUAUCAUUUAACUCGAAAAUAAAAAAACUCCCAAGUUCGAUUUACAAGCUACAAAGUUUACAAUUUUUAUCACUGUAUGGUUGCGAGAAACUAGAAGAGUUAAGCAAUGAUGUUAAGCACUUAAUUAGUCUCAGACUCUUAGCUUUAACCACAGUGCAAAAGCAUCUACCAAAUAAUGGAAUUGGCUGCUUGAAUUCUCUUCAAUUUUUAGUCAUUCACAAUUGUAGCAAAUUAAAAUAUUUGUGUGAAGAUUUUGGUCACCUGAGAACCCUUCGAAGACUACUCAUUUCUCAAUGUCCAAGUCUUAUCUCAUUACCACGUAGUAUAAGAAGCCUAAGCUCAUUAGAAGAUCUUCGUUUGAUAGAUUGUGUAAGGCUUAAUCUAGAUUUGAGCAUAGGAUCAGAUGAGCAACACAAUCAUGAAGAACUCAAUAGCACAGGGCCUCCCCUUCGAUUGCUUGAAAUUGGUAAUUUACCACAAGUGGUGAAAUUGCCGCAAUGGCUUCUUCGCUGUUUGACAAACACGCUGCAAACCUUGCGUAUUGGUAAUUGUUCCAACUUGAAGGCACUACCAGAGUCAAUGCAAAAACUUCAAGCUCUUCGGGUUUGGAAUUGUCCUGAAUUGUCAUCUCUACCCAAGGAUAUCAAUCAUCUCAUCGCUUUGAGAGAACUAAUAAUUAAAGACUGCCCUAAACUGACGGAAAGAUGCAAACCAGAAGGAGGUGAAGAUUGGCCCAAGAUUGCUCAUAUCCAGAAGAUUGAACUUGAUGGAGAGGUUAUCAAGUCAACCGAAAAUUAGGGGAAACUUGAAUCAAAUGUAUGAGUUUUUAAUCUCAUAAAUUCUUCAAUUUCCAUGAAUUAUGAACCCUAAUUCAACCAAUUGACUGGAGGAUUUAUCCAUUUUACUUCUUCUAUGUAUUAAGCAUUGGUGUUCGAUCUACACCUUCAUGUUUUUUCAGGAAUCAAAGAUUGUUGAGAUUACGCCAAAUGGUUCAGAAUUUCGGUGUUUACAAAUAUAAUUCCAAUAAUGUUUUGUGCAAAUGAACAAUUAGUACACUCUAAGUUUAUUCCAAUAAAGUUUCAGAUUUUAUUGGAAUUCUGUUCUGCCAAAGAGUAGAUUACAGGGUGUUGGUGUUUGAGAUGCAAAACAACAUCUUUGAUUUUUAUGGAUUCACAAGUGCAGCAAUUUAGAAUAUUUGUGUGAAGAUUUUGGUCGCCUGAGAGCCCUUCGACGACUUUGGAUUUUUGCAUGCCCAAGUAUGAUCUCAUUACCACGUGGUGAUCAGAUAAGCAAGACACAGGACCUCCUCUUCGAUUAGUUUAAAUCCAUGAUUUACCAAAACUGGUGAUGACUUCUUCUGUGUUCGACAAACACUUUGGGAGAAUUAUUCAUUGAUGGCAGUCCAGAAUUGUCAUCUCUACCAGGGGAUAUGAAUCAUCUGAACUCUUUGAGGGAAUUGGUCCAAGAUUGCUCAUAUCCCAAACAUUCAACUUGACGAAGAGAUUAUCAAGUCAACCGAAAAUUAGUUAUGACCGGAAAACUUGAAUCAGAUGUGAGGGGUUAUUCAUUUUAGUUCUUCAAUGUAUUAAGCAUUGAUGUGGGAUCUAUCGUCUCCAAGUUUUUCAGGACUCAUGGAGAUUCAGCAGAAUGGGGCACUUAGUAAAGCAUAUAUUCCUCCAUAGUUAACAAUUAUAGUUCAGCCUUUACCAGUGAAUAUAACUUCUCAUGAUGUGAUUUGUUUAAAUAAAUAUUUGUGAAUGUACAGAGUUUCAUGUUUAUGUUUUAAUUGUUUUAUGGCAACACAUAUUUAUUCCAAUAAAGUUUCAGAUUUUAUUUCUAUUUAUGUUUCGAUUAUCACAGGCUUUUUUUUUUCUUUUUAAUUUUCUCUUCCUCCUUGAUGUCAUCAUCUCAAGAUUUGAAAUAUAGUUUUUGCAUAGUCAUCUUUCUUAGUAAGAUAUAUGAUAUUUAAAACUCUUUGGUUAACUUUUAGAGCUUUGCAGACCCUUGAACAUGAAAUUCUAAAAAAUAACUUGGAAUUCAAACAUUGUUUUUAUUGUGUGUGUUGAUUAAAGAAAGAAACCAACUUAGGGAUCCAUAAUAUCUUAGUUUUAAUAUCUGGGAUCCUAAAUUUUCUUAUUAAAAGAAGAAAAGAAAAAAUAGUUGUUGAAAUUCUGUUCUGCGAAAGAUUAGAUUACAGGGUGUUCAUAUUUGUGAUGCAAAACAAUGUCUUUAUGAUUGCCGGUAAUGUCCUUGGAUUGAGCUGUCUUCAGAGAAACUUGGCCUAUAAUAAAAGUGCUCCACACUGUAAGCUGCUUUUUUUUUUUUCCGGUGUUUGAUUUUUUUUUUUUCCUUAGCUGAUUCAUUCAAUACUGAUCAAUCUUCCUUUCCUCCUGGCUAUCUGACAUCAAAGAAUAUAAAAGUUUACAGACAAUGGAAGUUAAUAGUGUAAUUCCAUGAGUGUCUCUUUUUGUUUAUGUGGAUCUUCUUUAAUAGUUUUUUCCCUUUCUGCAGGGAUUUGGUUUUCAACAACUUAAUUGUCAAAUCCCAAGUGCUUUAUUUUAGUUUUUUGUCUUAUCCUUAUUUUUCCGUUUAGCAUACAUAAUUUUGUUUGUUGUCUCAAUGGCCAGGCUUCUUGGAAACAAGGGCCUAUCAGGAACCAUUCCCAAGCAGAAGGCUGUAAAUCUUAAAAAAAUGAAUCUAGUGGCCAGCAAUUUCAUGUUUGACAGCUCAAACAUCUGAAAUGUAUAGGCUCAGCAAUGGGAUAUGCUACGCUUGUUAAUGUUCUCUGUGCUUGCCAGUAUUCUCCCUGGAUUGAAUUGUCUGCAGAUAAAUUUCCCCUGCAAUAAGAAUGCUCCGCAUUAUUCAAGUUUCGCAAUCUAGUGUGGUGGUGAAGAAAUGAAAGUUGAUAGCAUAGUGUAUAAGGCUGAUAACAAUGAUAUUGGUGGAGCUUCUUCUAAUCUACUUGAUGCAGAAAAAGGGGCAAUUAGUGAUGCUGAUUUGUUUUCUGAUCGACAAUCAACAGAUUCAACACACAUGUUCAAAAUACUAGCUCAAAAGUGACUAGCACUGCAGCCCCGAAGCUUUAUCAGUCUUCAAGGCAAUCCCCUGCAUCACUUUGAUAUUAUGAACUUAGUCUGGAGAAUAGACCUUACAAUGUGAGCUUGUCCUUUGUUGAGGCAACCCUUUUGGUAAUCAAGGCUCACAAACAUGGAUGAGUCUUGGAAGGCAUUUUUAUAUCUAUGUUCAGGGAACUCUAUAGUAAAUAAAAAUUUGGCAUAUCAAAAGAAGCAGGUGGAAAUAAGAAAGCAGUGACAAAGAAAUGUAAGAUAAGAAGAAAUAAUGAUGUUGCAAAAGGCAAGUGUCCAAGGGAUUUUUGAAAUAAUAACAGUCGAAGUCUUAUAAGUCAAGUUUGUUCAAGAGAUAUGAUUUAUGGUAAUAGAUCUACAACUGAAGGAUACGCAUUCGUUGGAUGGACGAUAUCUAUGAAGCAACUUUCACUAGGAUCCUACCAAAGGAAAAGUCAGCUUGUUAAUGAAAUAGCUACCAUAUCUGCAGAGCAACAUCACAAUCUUCUUAUUAUCCGGUUGCUACAUUCAGGGAACUUGACACCUCCAUGUAAAUUAGUAUCUUGAAAAACAAAGGCCUUGAUCAAGUAUCCUUUUGUAUGAAGAUGCUAAUUGAUGAUCAAUCUUAAUUUAAAAUUUCUA